AUGUUUACUGGAAUCGUCGAAAUCAUCGGAGUUGUCUCGGAGCUCGACCGCCAAUCCGAAGAUGGUGGCACAACACUCACCAUAUGCGGCGCCUCGGAAAUCCUUGACGAUUGCCAUCUCGGUGAUAGCAUCAGUAUCAAUGGGACAUGCCUGACGGUAACUUGGUUCGACAAAUCAUCUUUCAAGGUCGGCGUUGCGCCCGAGACGUUAAGACGAACGAAUCUUGGGUCUUUAAAGGAGCAGAGCAGGGUGAACCUGGAGAGAGCGGUAUCGUCAACUACUCGAAUGGGCGGACACUUUGUGCAAGGUCAUGUCGAUACUGUUGCAAAAAUUCUGAAGAAAGAGCCGGACGGAAACGCGAUUACCUUUCGAUUCCAGCCCCGCGAUAAAGCAGUAUUGAGAUACGUCGUUGAGAAGGGAUACGUAACACUAGAUGGAGCCAGUCUGACUAUAACCAAGGUCGACGAUGAAGAAGGUUGGUGGGAGGUUAUGCUGAUAUCCUACACCCAAGAGAAGGUGAUAAUAUCAAGUAAAGGGUCCGGGGACGAUGUCAAUGUCGAAGUCGACCAGAUUGGCAAGUACGUGGAGAAAGCGGUCGAGGGCUAUUUCUCGCAAGGCAGCAAUGGACAGCCAGCCAUUUUGCAAAAGAUGGUAGAACGAAUUGUUGAUGAAAGAAUAUCUGGCAAGAAGGGCGAGUAA